AUGUCUCAAGGCGAAACAAACAUUCCCACCCUCCUCUCAGCAAUGGACCCGAUGCUCGACCCCGAAACCUACGUCUUCCUCACAACCACCACACCCCUCAAUUCCCUCCCCCUCCACACCCUCCAACCUCAAAUGAUCUUCCAAGAAUCCGAAGGCCUGACUCUAAUUACCACCAAAGCCAUCGCCGAAACCCACAACUACGACAACUACACCUUCCCCUGCCGCAAGAUCUCAUUAAAGGUGCAUUCCAGCCUAGAAGCCGUGGGCCUCAUCGCAACGAUAUCGACGAACUUGGCCGCGGACGGAAUCAGCACGAACGUUGUCAGUGGAUUUUUCCACGAUCAUGUUUUUGUGCCGGAGGGCAGAGAGGGGGAUGCGAUGAGGGUUCUGGUGGGGAUGAUGCAUGGUGAAUCUUGA